AUGGUGUUUUUUGGCUACAUGGUGUUCAGCAUAGUGCUCGGGCUGCUGGCUGACAGGUAUGGCCGCUGGAAGAUUCUGCUGCUCUCAUUCCUCUGGGGAGCCUAUUUCUCCCUGCUGACCUCCUUUGCCCCAUCCUACAUCUGGUUUGUGUUCCUGCGGGCCAUGGUAGGAGGUGGCGUAUCAGGCCAUGCACAAGGGCUUAUCAUAGAAACAGAAUUUUUGCCCACCAAAUACAGAGGAUACAUGUUGCCCUUAUCUCAGGUGUUUUGGUUGGCAGGUUCCAUGUUAAUCAUUGGCCUGGCAUCGGUGGUGAACCCAACCAUUGGCUGGCGAUGGCUGAUCAGAAUUGCCUCCAUCCCCGGCAUCCUUCUCAUCCUGGUGUUCAAGUUCAUCCCGGAGUCGGCGCGGUGCAACAUGUCCAUGGGCAAUGUGGCAGCUGCUUUGGCCACGCUGCAGAGGAUAGCCAAGAUGAAUGGGGUGGUGAUGCCCGAGGGAGUGCUGAGGGAGCCCGCCAAGGAAAGGAGAGGAAGAUUCAAGGACCUCAUCCACCCCAAAUACCUCAGAACCACUUUGCAGAUAUGGAUCAUCUGGCUUGGCAUAGCUUUUGUUUACUACGGUGUCAUCUUGGCCAGCACCGAGCUACUGGAGCGGGACCUCGUCUGUGGCUCUGCAGCCCCACUGGUGCAGGACUCCAGCGAUGACUCUGAGGAGAGCUGCAGCCCCUGCCACUGCCGCCUGUUCAGGCCCACUGCCUACCAAACCAUGAUCAUCAGCACUGCUGGAGAGAUCGCACUAAAUCCUUUGAACAUUCUUGGCAUCAAUUUCCUUGGAAGACGACUGAGCCUGAGUAUCACCAUGGGAUGUACAGCCCUAUUCUUUCUUCUCCUUAAUAUCUGCACCUCCAGUGCAGGCAUGACUGGGUUUCUCUUCAUGCUGCGUGCCUUGGUUUCAGCCAACUUCAACACCAUCUACAUUUACACAGCAGAGGUUUACCCCACGACAAUACGGGCCCUGGGGAUGGGAACAAGUGGGUCACUGUGCCGUGUUGGAGCUAUGGUGGCCCCAUUUAUAUCGCAAGUUCUUAUGAAUGCUUCUUUCCUUGGGGCCCUGUGUCUUUUCUCAUCUGUGUGCAUCGUCUGUGCAAUAUCUGCGUUCACACUGCCCAUUGAGACCAAAGGCAGGGCACUGCAGGUUUGUAUUACCACUCCAGGAGCUCCUGCUAAAUGCUAUUCUAAAUGCUCUUUAGAAACUAGUAGAUUAUGA